GUAAGAAGUUGAACAUUUGGAUUGAAAGUGGAGGCAAGAAAAGGCAUUGGGCGCCAAACACCAAAAAAUUUCAGUUCACUUUAUUGUUUGUUUAUAUCAUUCAUUCAACAUUUCCCCAUUUUCAUUUUCAUUUCCCUUAUUCCACCACCGAUUAGGGUUUUUCUUUUUCAUUUUCAGAUCUCAAAUUACACAACCAUGCAAAUCGACACCACCGUCCAUACCACUCCUCCACCCCCACCACUGCCACCACCUCAAGAUCCAACACCAAAUCGCCCCAAAUCCAACCCUCGAAAGCGAAAAAAGGAAGUUAAUUCGCGGACUCCCGAAGAGAAACAAGCACAAAUCGAAACCCUAGAGAAAGAGCUUGAAGGGUUGUUUGCUUAUUACAGAGGGGUUUUGGCUCAGAAAGUUGUGAUUGACCUUAAGCAAUGUGGGGGUUCGAGAAACGUUGUGGUUGCGGCUUUGAUGGAGGAGAGUGAGCUUCCGUUGUCUAAGCUUGUUGAUGAGAUUUAUGAGAAGGUGAAUUGUGAAGUGGCGAAUGCGGGUAUUGUGUUGGCGGAAGGGGUUAAUUCUGCUUUGGUGAAAAGUAGUGUGUUGUUUGUUGGGCAAAGGAUGAUGUACGGAGUUCCCAAUGCUGAUGCUGAUAUUUUGGAAGAUCAUUCUGAUUCAUGUCUUUGGUGUUGGGAGACUAGGGAGGUUAAAUUGUUGCCGAAAUCUGUUCGAGGAGAGCUUGUUAUUCGACGCACUUGUCGGAAAAAGAUCCACGACAGGAUCAUGGCUGUAUCUGAAAUGAUUGCGUCACUGAAGAAACAAGAAAGCGAGCCUAAUUAUAGUCAAAACUUAAUCAAGGCCUCUAAAAAGCUGAGUAAAACUUCUACUGAGGCUGACAUUCGUGUGAUAGUUGAAGGCUUGUUGCAGAAAAACAAUGAAGACAUGGAUAAGAAAAAAGCAAACCAAGAAGAAAAAUUGCUAAUUAAACAGUUGGAUAGAAAUAGAAGAGAAGCUGAGAAAGAAAAAGAGAAAGAGAAAGAAAAAGAAAGCCUACAGCGUGAACUGCAAACAGAAACAAUUGCCAUUGAAACAAGUUCAAAGUUGUCCCAAGGUGAGGCAAAAACUGAUGAGAAAUGUUGGGAACAGAGGAAACAACAAAAGAAGCUAGCAGAGGAAGCAGAAAAAGAUCAGCGGCGUCGGGAAAAAGAAGAAGCUGAAUUAAAAAAGAAACGUAGUUUACAAAAGCAAGUCUCAAUUAUGGAGCGUUUUCUGAAAAGAAGUAAACCUAAUCCCUCUGUUCAGAGCGACAAAGUUUCAACUGAGCCCACUGCAUCUGAUUUGUUAAGCAGCAAGAAUGAAAGCGUGUCUAUGUCAGCUACUCUUUCAAUGGAUAGUGUUCUUGCAUCAAGUAGUGAUAUUAAGCCUGAGGAUCUUCGCAAGUCACACUUUCAUUCAUGGCACUCUUUAGGACAAUCAAUUCGCUCAAACAGAAAACAGAGAUGGGGUUUACGACAGAAUCCCAAGACUGAAGCUUUUAACAAACUUAAGCUCACAGAUACUAAAUCUGCAAUUCAUGAGGAUGAGUUAGGCACCGAAAAGGAUGCAGACCGAUUAGGAGAAAGUAGUCCAGAUGGUAAUUCAUGCUCAAUGAAUGCAGACAGUACCCAUCUUGAUGCCAAGAAGUACUAUCGGGGAAGGCAAUUAUUGCAGUUUGAUAAUACUCCUAGACCAGCCUUUUAUGGUUUUUGGCCCGUUAAAAGUCAUGUUGUUGGAGGACGUCAUCCAUUAAGGAAGGAUCCAAGCGUUGAUUAUGAUGUCAGCAGCGAUGAGGAAUGGGAAGAGGAGGAGCCUGGUGAAAGUCUUUCAGAUUGUGAGAAAGAUUGUGAGAAAGAUGAAGAGGAAUGUCAAGAGGAAAGUUCAAAAUCUGAUGGAGAAAGUGAAGAUGGAUUCUUUGUACCAGAUGGAUAUCUCUCAGAUGAUGAGGGUGCACAAUUGGACCGAAUGGAAACAGAUGUUGGCCUUGAGGAGGUUGAUAGCUCAUCUUGCUCAAAGGAUGACAUAGAGACUGAGGAAUUUUGUGCUUUACUUCGACAGCAGAAAUAUCUAAACAACUUGACAGAGCACGCUCUUCGUAAAAAUAACCCUGUGAUCAUAGCAAAUUUUGUUUAUGACAAGGAGCUUUCAUUAUUGGAUCACAGUAUUAACGGAACUCCUAAGCAGGAGCAGAUGUGCUUGCAAGCCUUGAGAAUGUACACAAUUCCUGGUGGUUCAUAUAUAGAAUUAGAAUUAUCCACUGAUAAAAUGCAAGAAGAAGACCAAGAAGCCUCCCCCUCUACUGGCAAAGGUGCUGCUACUCCACUGCCUGAUUUGGCUGCCAUACCAGACACUGAUCUGCCUAUAAUUGUGACCACUAUCCAGAAUUGUUCUCAGGGCAUAAAUAAAGUGUUAGGGUCUUUGCAGCAGAAAUUUCCUUCUGCAUCAAAAUCAUCACUAAGGAUUAAAGUGCGAGAAGUAUCGGACUAUGUCGAUAACCGUUGGCAGGUGAAGAAAGAAGUAUUGGCUAAGCUUGGCUUGACAGUUAAAUCUGAGAAGAGCAGUGGGGGGCCAAGAAGUAUUGCUGCAUUUUUCUCUAAAAGGUGCUUACCACCUGGAGGUGAAAGCGGGAAACCUUGUGAAACAUCGCCACAGCCAUCUUUGAAGUCAUAUUCUGCCAUCCAUGAUCCUCAAGACAGCAGAUCACAUGAAAUCUAGUAUCUUUUUUUCUUGCUUGAGAAUGUCUUUUUUGCCACUUUUGGGGUUUUUGUAAAAAUUAUAGAUGGUGGUUGCGCGUGGGGAUCUUGUACCAAUGUAAGGAAGUUUCUGAGUAUAAUUUGACUAUACUGUCGUUGACAAUAUAUUGUAAAGAGAAUGCUGGUUGCCUACAUUUUCUGAGUCUCUUUUGUGACUCUUGUUGUUUAAUAUAUUAUGUGGGAGGGUUCAUUUUCUUCUCUACGAAAUGAAAUUGAGGGCCGUCCUCAAAUGUAAUGUAUAACUUGAUGGAACCAACUUCUGCCCAGAGAAAUGAAUAUUAGUUGAAUAUCA